AUGGAGAAGGCAUUUGACAGUGAAUCAUACAUCGACGCGUACUCCUUGCAACGAAGGGAUGCGUGCGAAAUUAUCGAGGAAUUCGCGGACGAAAUAUCCUCGAUGUACGGCAAGUGCAUUGAUAUUGGUUGCGGUCCUGGUCACGUAACCAAAGAAUUGAUCUUGCCAAAAUUACCAGCCGAAAGCGUGGUCGUCGGCGCAGAUAUUUCGGACUCGAUGAUUGAAUCCGCCAAAAAAAAGCACUGUGACGAAAAAAGGCUGUCGUUUUUAAAACUCAACAUCGAGACUGAUGAACUUCCGAUUAAAGAAAUUGAGAAAUAUGAUAAUGCUUUGUCGUUUUAUUGCCUUCAUUGGUGUCAGGAUAUGAGAUUGACUUUAAAAAACAUUUAUCAGCUUCUUCGACCAGGAGGACGUUCCCUUGUAAUGUUUCUGUCUUACAACAGUGGAUUUGACGCUUUCAUAAAAUUUCAAACGAACCCACGCUACAAAUCUUAUAUGGAGGAUGUGUUAAAAUACGUUCCGCCAUUUCAAAGCUGUUCCAACCCGCGCGCUUCGCUGAAGAAAAUUUUAGAAGAAGUUGGCUUUGAAGUAUUACACUGCAGUAACAGAGAGAAAACUUACGUUUUUGCAAACAUGGAAAUUUUACAAAAACACGUAAUCGCAAUCAACCCCUUCCUCAACAGAAUACCGGAGAAUUUAAGAGACGAGUUCAACACUGCAAUCACUAAAGAAGUAGCCGAGCACAAAAUAAUAUUUGAGAGCCAUAAAAAUAAAUCUACGGGGUACAGUGUUCUCGAUAGGUAUGAAGUACUGAUUGCUUACUUUAGAAAACCAUUGAAUAGUUUUUCGAAAAUAAUAUGA